UAGCUGUUCUGGACAAGACAUUAAAAGGUCUAUUUAAGAACCCCCACGUAUGAACAACGAAUUUGUACAUGUGAUCUGUUUGCCCCUCUCCAUUCUAUCAGAUACUACCAUGGCUGCUCUCUCUUUGCAAAACCAAGUCCUUGCUGUUCUACUAUUUGCUUUCCUUUCAUUUGAGGCCACCACCUCCACCUCCCACCACCACCACCACAAGCAUGGGCUGAAAUCCCUCCACUUUUCUCUCUUUCAACAUGAAACAAUAAACAAGACUGGCUACAUCAUAGUGAAUGGAGUCGCAGGACCAGCCGUGGGUCAAACCACAACCCCGUUCGGCACCUUAUUUGCUUUCGAGGACCCGAUGACUGUCGCGGCCAACCGAUCUUCAAAGCUUGUUGGGAUUGCAGAGGGAACUUCCAUCACUUCUUCUUUGGAUGGCCUCAGGAGCAUUUCUAUUGCUAAGAUCACUUUGCGUUUGAAAAACUACAAGGGUUCGGUUUCAAUCGUUGGAGGCACACAUAACAUCAAGCCUUCUGAUCACCCUGUUGUGGGAGGCACCGGUGACUUCCUGUUUGUGCAAGGCUAUGUGACAUCCUCUCCGGUCGAUCUCGAGGGCAUUACCGUCGUCUACAAGAUAGAGUUUCACCUCUACUGGCCUCCAUAUGCCGCUCAAGUUUCUCCUUCCUAGAGGGCUUGCCCCAUUUCGAAAAUGAACUGUCACCAUUGUUUUUCAUCUGCUAAGCUGUUACCACUAUUCAGUAUAUUGUAUGGAGGUUCAUGAAAGGCUCUUUCACAUUUAA